AUGGACGAUUUACUCGACCUUAAUUGGUCUACACCAACAUCUGUUGUAAAACAGCCUAUACCAAAAGAAAAACCAAAAGAUGCAUUUGCUGACCUUUUAUCUACACCUCCUAAACCGAUUGAUAUUUCGAAACUUUCUUUAAUAGAGCAACAGAAAUUAAAGCAACAACAAAAUUCGGAUUCGUCUUGGCUUACGCCUGCUCAGACAACAAUGCUUAAUAAAACAUCAGAAACGCCUAAAAGUACUUCUACAUAUACAUCUUCUCCUACUUCUUCAUUUUCAGAAACACAUAAACCGAAGCAACCUAAUCUGUCCUUUGAUAACUUGCUAGAUCCUUUUGGUAAUAAUGUAAAGAAACAAGAUCAAAGUAAAAAUACACCUUUAAAUCAACUACGUACUCAACAAGCAGAUACACCAAAUGAACAGCAAUGGGAUUUUGAUUUAUUAGACACAAAAUUAACUAAUGGUACAACAGCUAGUGUCUCAUCUAUUGACCCUUUUGAUGUAGACUCGCUUAUUCAACAAUCAAGUAAUUCUCCAUUAUCUCAGUCUAUCGUUAAUGAAAAUUAUCCAGAAGAUAAUCCUUUAGGUAUCUUGGCUGAGCCUGCCACAAAGUUAUUUCCUAAAGAAGAAGAAACAAAAUCAUUGCCCACAUCGCCCUCACUACAACAGAAUCAGUUAUUUGACCAAGUUCAAUUGGAUGAGGAUGAAGAAGAUGCCAUGCUUGCUCAAUUAAUUGAUAUGGGAUUCAGUCUCCAAGAAUCUAAAUUUGCCAUUGAAGCUACACUUGGUCAAGACCUACAGUCUGCAAUUGAUUUGCUGGUUCAAAAUUCGACUAACACUGUUCAAAGACAACAGUGUUCUUCAAAACAACAAACCUCUUCAAAUCAAACAGAACGAACUCGUCGGGCCUUAUUUGAAACUAAUAAUAAAUCUAGUUCAGUAAAGCAACAUGAGUUGAAUAGUGACGUUUUCCAGCCAGAAAAGAUUGUAAUACAGGCACAAGAGCUAGGUGGAAUUUUGUACAAGAAUGCUGCAUCCUACUUGAAAGCAGGUCGUGAUAAAGUUACAAAGGCAGUGGAAGAUUGGCAGGAGCAACAACGUACGCAUCGUUUGCAGCAGAUGCAAGAGGAACAAAAGCGGUCCACGAAACCAAAGUGGAUGAUGAACAAUGAUGACAUUAAGUUGGAUAUGUCUACUAAUACUAAGGUUGAAAGAUUUGUUGAUGAUGAUGAUGAUGACCUUGAAACAGAAAGAAAAAGAAUGGAAGAGUUAAGAAGAAAGCAACAACAACAACAAAAGCAGCAGCUAAAAAAGGAAAGAUUGUUGUUAGACGACGAUGAGCAAGAAGUUUAUGUGUCUCCGUCACGUCGAAGAAAUCCUCAUAAUAUCAAAUCAAUAUCUCAAUCACCUGUUACAACUCAAUUAUCACAAACUACUAAUAUAUCUCAGCAACCUUCGCCAGCAUUAACAUCAGUUAAUGUUCGAACAAAAUCUGUUAUUAAUGUAUCUCCUAAUAUUAUGGCUCAAGUUAACGAAGCUCGUAAUUUGGGCAAUGAAAAAUUUAAACUGGGACAAUUUGGAGAAGCUGAAGAGGCUUAUAGUCAUGCCAUUAGUUUACUUCCUGAUGGCCACGAUCAUCUUGUCUUACUCUGCAAUAAUCGAGCUGUAACACGCUUAAAAACGGGUCAUUAUAAACAAUGUAUUGAAGAUUGUGAUAAGGCUAUCUCUUUAGCAAAGGAUAAUAGAGAUGAGCAAACUGUUUCAGAAGGUAUUGUAAUUCAAUGGCGUGAUCAGAUUCUUAAAUCAUUGUACCGUAAAGCAGAAGCAUUAGAGAAUAUUGAGAAAUAUAGGGAGGCCUUGGCAACUUAUGAUCUCCUUGUGAAAUAUGAGGGUACAAAUAACUUGAAAAUUAAUCAAGCUAUGUCGAGAUGCAGACAAGCACUAAACCCCAAAAAGAGGACUCAACCAUCACCAAUGCUGCAGAAAAAGGAUGAUUAUAUGUCUAUGUUUGUGCCUUCAGAUAAAGCUACAGUAAUUUCGUCAUCAUCUACAGUCUCGUCCGAAGAAUUAGGCAAGAGUAAAGCAGUAGCUGCCAUGAGAGCUAGGGCAGCCCAGCAAGAAGCCGAAGAUGCUGAAAAACUGAAAAAGACAGAUGAAGUUAAUGCUCGUUUAUUAGCUUGGAAAGCAGGUAAAGAGCAAAACUUACGAGCUCUACUGGCUACCUUAGAUACAUUAUUGUGGCCGGGCGCACAAUGGAAAGGGGCACAGAUGAGUGAAUUGAUCAAUCCUAAAAAAUGCAAAAUAAUAUAUAUGAAGGCCAUUAGUAAAGUUCAUCCGGAUAAGCUCCCAUCUAAUGUUACAGUCGAACAAAGAAUGCUUGCAAGUGGUAUUUUUGCAACUCUAAAUGAGGCUUGGGACUCUUUUAAAGAUCAAAAUCAAUUGUAAAAAGUAGUGUUAUAAAAUUUUUACUGCACCUAAAAGAAAAAGAAAUAAAUAUGAUCCAUCUAUUUAGAGAAUAGAGAGCAUCAAAAAUAUAGAAUCUUAUUAAUAAAAAAUGCAUGUAUACUAGUGUUUCAUAA